AUGAGACCGAUGGAAGUAUCAGGACUUCUAAUGAUACCUUUACUAAUCUUCGGCAUUUUCGGUAAUUUGCAUUUAAUUUAUGCUACGCACAAGUUCAAGGAGCUGCAAACUCGCAAUGGAAUACUGAUCGCAAUUGCUGCGCUUUUUGAUCUUGUAUGUUUUUUGGUCUUUGCAACACAAGUUAAACUGUUUAAAACCUUUUUAAUUUUUUAA